CUUUUGGUUUCGUUAAAGCUCCCAAGAAUCACUCGCCCGCAGACCAGUCGCAGUGAAGUCGUCGCAGCGAGAGCACGCGAAAUUGACCAUUUUGCCGUGCUGUUCCGAGAGUGUGUCAAAAACUCCCUCCUUCGCCAAAAACGAGUUGCAGUGAGUGUUGGUUGGUGGUAGAGUGUGGCUCCCUUUUCCUCGAGAAGGGGAUCCAAGGCUACGAACAGACGACCCGCAGCCAUCCUCCUGGUGGAGGUUAAUCUUGCGCUGCAGUAAGUGUAAUUUUUUAUUGAAGAAGAAAGUGAAAUUUGGAUGUCGUGGAAAAAGAGUUGUUGAAAUAAUAAAAGUGAUUUAUUGGAAAAAGUGCAUUUUGGUCAGGGACUCCUGAAGCAACAGCUGAAGAUGACGAUGAGAGGUGUGGAGUUACUAAGCUUAAGCAUAUUUCUAGUCAUACUGGUAACGAUUGACCACCAGCACCGCACACAUGCUGCCGAUCUGAAGGAAAGAGCCCGUGCCGCUCUGCUGCUGGAGAGAGCCGGUCCGGGCAAGGCUCAGUGCAAGACAGGCCGACCGCUGCCAUGUCCGCCGAGUAAGUUCCGGUCUGCUUCGGGCGAGUGCAACAACUUCAACCAUCGCUACUGGGGCGCCCGAGGGGACCCGUUCCUGCGACUGCUGGAGCCAGAUUAUGCCGAUGGUCGCAUCAAACCUCGCACCUCGGUUGGUUCCCACGCGCUGCCUACACCGGAUACCAUUAUCGAGCAGCUACAACGUUCGAUUCAGGUGAACGCAAGCCAUCCACACGUUACCGCAAUGUUACCCGCCUGGGGUCAACUCCUGGCGUACGAUCUAGUCCAGAUACUAUCACCGCACGCGUCGUUCCGCUGCUGCCGGAACGAUUCGUCGGCAGCUUCCGAUGAGAUCAUCCAGUGCUACGUUCGCGCCGGAGCUGACUGCAAAGAGUACAAAAGAUCCAUCCCAUCCCACGAUCCCGGUUCCUGCCAGUUCGAUCACCGCGAUCAAAUGAAUGCCGCUUCCGGCUUUCUGGACGGUUCUGGACUGUUCGGUACAACGGAGAAAGAAAUUUUGGCUCUAAGAACAUUCUCAUCCGGAAAGGUCGACAUCAAGGCGUGUCUGAGGUGUAACGAACCGGGUGCGAUCGGGGCACUGCAUACUAUUUUGUUGAAAGAACACAACCGAAUCGCUGAAGAAAUGUCCAGCUUAAAUCCGGAAUGGAGUGACACCACGUUGUUCUACGAAGCUCGUCGAGCUGUAAUAGCGGAGAUACAGCACAUCACCUACAACGAGUUCCUGCCUAUCGUUCUGGGUAGUGAGAUAGCAAGCAGUUCAGAUCUAAGGCUCGUAGGAGGCAAACACUACAGCGGAUAUUACUCGGGCAACCGAGGCGGUGUGUUCAACGAGAUCGCUGUCGGAGCAAUUCCAGCCUUCCUAACCAUGUUGCCACCGGAUAUGUACAACGAAUCGGCAUCGGCCGAAAUUCUAAUUUCUAGUCCUGCUAUGCAGCAAACUUACGUCCCCGAUCACGCCACAUUCAACGAUGAGUGGACUCCGAUCGCUCUAGCUAUUCAGCGGGGUCGCGAUCAUGGCAUUCCGUCAUAUCACAAAGCUCUGAACUUGUGCGAAAAGCGUUUCGGGAUCCCCUAUGGAUCCAAGUUGACUUUUGAUGACAUGGAGUACUUUGGGCUGUCACCAGCUAAAAGGAAAGCUUUGGAAAAUAUCUAUCAAGAUGCCGAGGAUAUUGAUCUGCUGAUUGGGGGUCUCUCGGAAACUGCAACCUUAGGUACCGUCUUUGGACCAACGAUCACUUGCCUGCUAGCUAUUCAGUUUGCCAAUUUACGCAGCAGUGAUCGCUUCUGGUACGAAAACGAUCUACCACCAUCGUCGCUGAAUUUGCCGCAGCUACAAGCCAUUCGUCGGGUCACUCUAUCGGGACUUCUUUGCGAAGCUAAUGGAGUGUCUAAGGCGCAGCCUAAAGCGUUCAUCCGUGAGGAUCCGUACCUAAAUGCCCGUCUGAAUUGUGAUCAACUGUCUGGGCUGGAUGUUACUGCUUGGCGCACGGAAACUGCCGAGGAAGUCGAAGAAAUCGUUGAUGCAAAGACCCCAACCCCGCCAGAGUUGGCUGAAUUGGAUGCUGGUGUAAUCAAACAAGCCCUCGACAAAGCUAAAGAUAAACUGAACGAGAGGAAAAGGUUCGAAUACGAAGCCUGGAGUAAACAGGGUGGAAUCGAUGCCAAAUCUCCAGCUGGAACAGCUGCUUCAUUCAGCAAGGCCAACAAAAACGCACUGAUUAUUGCCAAUACUUCACUACUCUUCGAGCUGGCUUCUAACGAAAUCUUAGGCACACUACACUCGAUUCGUCGUCGCAAGCGUCAGGUAUUCGACAACAACCUUGGUGCAUUCGGCGGAGACGAUUUCAACAAUGCCCUGCAGAGCAUCGAUGUAAACCAGUUCAUCACCGGAUCUAUCUCCCCGAUCAAUUUAGAACCGCAGUGUGAAAACUUGGAAGCCGCAUGUGACACGACAACGCCUUUCCGUACACUAACUGGUCACUGUAACAAUCUCAGAAGUCCUGAACUCGGUCAGUCGCUGACAGUCUUCGCCCGCUUAUUGCCACCAGUUUACGAUGACGGUAUUUCACAACCUCGCUCCAUCUCCGUUGCCGGCACUCCUCUACCGAACCCUAGGACGAUCUCUGCUUUGAUUCACCCGGACAUUUCCAAUCUUCACACACGUUAUUCGCUGAUGGUCAUGCAGUAUGCCCAAUUCCUGGAUCACGAUCUAACCAUGACACCUAUUCACAAAGGUUUCCACGAGUCUAUCCCGAGCUGUCGAUCAUGCGAUUCGCCCAGAACCGUACACCCUGAAUGCCACCCAAUUCCAAUCCCUCCACGAGAUCAUUACUACCCGGAACUGAAUGUAACUAGUGGUGAACGGUUUUGUUUCCCAUUCAUGAGAUCACUUCCUGGACAACAGACAUUAGGUCCUCGAGAACAGAUCAAUCAGAACACAGCUUUUCUGGAUGGUUCUCAAAUUUACGGUGAAAAUGGCUGCGUCGGUAAAGGUCUACGAGGGUUCUCUGGCCGUCUGAACUCUACCAUUCAUCCCAUUCGCGGAAAGGAAAUGCUCCCCCAGACUCCCAUUCAUCCAGAGUGUAAAUCAGCUAGUGGAUACUGUUUCGCUGCCGGCGAUGGUCGGGCAUCCGAACAACCAGGUCUUACCGUCAUCCACACCUUGUUCCUCCGAGAGCACAACCGUAUUGUCGAAGGACUACGUGGCGUCAAUCCACAUUGGAACGGAGAUCAGCUGUACGAACACGCUCGUCGCAUCGUCAUUGCUCAAAAUCAACACAUCAGCUUCAACGAAUUCUUACCGCGCAUUCUUAGCUGGAACGCUGUCAAUCUGUACGGUCUAAAGCUGCUUCCACAAGGAUACUACAAGGACUACAACCCAACGUGUAAUCCAGCCAUCGUUACCGAAUUCGCGGCAGCCGCCUUCCGUAUUGGACACUCACUACUUCGGCCACACAUUCCGCGGCUCAGUCCUCAGCAUCAGCCAAUCGAUCCUCCGAUUCUGCUUCGAGAUGGAUUCUUCAAAAUGGACAUUUUUAGCCAGCAACCUGGCCUGAUCGAUGAAAUUGCCCGUGGCCUGGUAGCAACACCAAUGGAAACCCUGGAUCAAUUCAUCACCGGUGAAGUUACCAAUCAUCUGUUCGAGGAUCGCCGUAUCCCAUUCUCCGGAAUUGAUCUGGUCGCUUUGAAUGUUCAGCGUGCUCGUGACCACGGAAUUCCUUCGUACAACAACUAUCGGGCACUUUGCAACCUCAAACGAGCUCAGACCUGGGAGGAUUUGAGCCGGGAAAUGCCACCGGAGGUCAUCGCUCGGCUGAAGCGGAUCUACAACAGCGUGGACGAUAUCGACCUGUUCCCCGGUGGUAUGUCCGAGCGACCGCUACAAGGAGGUCUGGUUGGUCCCACUUUCGCUUGCAUCAUCGCUAUCCAGUUCCGGCAGGUGCGCAAGUGUGAUCGUUUCUGGUACGAGACUGAUGAUCCAGUUGUUAAAUUUACGGAAGCUCAGCUUGCUGAAAUUCGCAAAACUACACUCUCUAGAAUUAUUUGCGAGAAUUUGGACAUUCAGGGAGAUAUGCAGCGUGCGGCUUUCGAUCUUCCAAGCAACUUCCUUAACCCACGCGUGCCUUGCAGUUCCAUGCAACAAAUAGAUCUCAGUGCAUGGCGGGAAAACGUUGUUCAGGGUUGCCAUAUCGGCGGAAAGCAAGUGAACGUCGGUGACUCUGCGUUCCCAUCACCCUGCACUAGUUGUAUCUGUACAAACGAAGGCCCUCAAUGUGCUUCGCUGCGUAUCACUGAUUGUGCUCAGCUUGCUCGAGAAUGGCCCCGUGACGUGAUACUCCGAGAUGACGUAUGCAGCGCUCAGUGCGGCUUGGUGCUCCAGAACGGUGGCAACGCCCAGGGACGGCAAAUUCCCAUCAAUCUACGACAACCGGGGCAACGUGUAUCGCGUUCCCGAGUAAUACAACAGCAGUCCACAAUUCCGCUCACCUUCCAGGGCUUCCAAUUCCCCGAUUUGACGCAAUUCAUCGGUUAAAUCUAUUAUUUUUUUAUUAUUGUACAUAAUGAGCGGCCAUAUUACUACCUUCUAUGUUAUUUUGAGUUAUUCGUUUUUUCUGACUAUUAAACUGCCUUUAGGAUGAUUCUUUUUAAAUAAUUUUACUCUUUAACGUAUCUCGAACGUUCUAGAAGCUAAAAUCAUUACCGUGAUCUACAUUUAUUGUAAAUAUUAGUGUGUAGUACAAGCCAGCAAAGGACUGUUGCUUAUUCCUAGUUCGUCCCCAGGCACAUAUUUUAUUCCAACAAAAAGUUUUAUUAGUAAAACUAUUACGAACCCAAUAAGAACUACACCUACAAGGAAGAAACCAUUUUAACAACAAACCGUACAAGUACGGUACAAAGAAACAAAACGCUCAAUGCCGGCCGAGAAAUCCAAUAUGCAACGAACGUAAUCGUGAAAAAAAAAAGAUUUAGUGAUAUACUUAAUGUAUGUAAGAGCAGUUUUAGAUCUAUCUAUAGAGUUAGGUGAGUGAAAUGAAUAGUUUUAUAAAGUCUCAGCAACGAUCAAAACUUGAAAUGUGAGAACUGCGUGCACCGGUUGGGAUGUACAAUUGUGGUGACUUUAUGACAGUGUUUGCGAGAAAUGGAACAAUUUUAAAUAAAUGUAUUUAUGACGAAAAGA